UUGUUCCAAAGUCCAAACUGCGAUUCCGAACCGGCCGUUCGUUCCGAACCGUGUGGGAGAAUAGAUCGCCCCCGCGAUCGCGAGGAUAACCCUCACUUUGCCCUGCUCCUCAGCUCCGCCGCCGCAGAUCUCGCUCAAUGCGGUAGCACUUCGGCCUCCCCUGCCGGCUGGCGCCUUCCUCUCUCUCCAUGGGCUCUGCCCAGUCCUCGCAACCUGGUGCCGUGGCUUCCGACGACGAUGAUGACGAAGAGGAGGUAGGUGUGAUGUCCAGGAAUCCCAUCGUCCCCUCCAAGGAGAAGGUCUUGGAGCAGGAGCCGGAGAUCCUCCCCUGCCGUGCUGCCGCUUCUCCUCUCUCCCCCCAGCCUUCCGCGGCCGGAACGCCUCGGUUGCUUGGCCCUUCCAUCAAGGUUUGGGACCCAUGCAACGUGCUCCUCCUCCCCCCGCCUCCUCCCCUGGCGAUUUUACCUCGUGGCGUCGCCUCUGUAGCGGCGGAUCGGAUCACGGAGGUGAUUCUGAUUGCCCAUGGCGAGUGCGCUGUCAGUCUCCGGGCGGAUCUGGUCGGAGGUCGGUGGGCGGAGGCAGCGGGGCUGACCUCGAAUGGGGAACGGCAGACUAGGGCGUUGUCCGUCUUCCUCAAGUCGCAGGGUGUUAGGUUCGACGAAGUCUACAGCUCGCCCUUGGAUCGGGCGAGGGCUACUGCUGCUCUAGUUUGCAGGGAGCUUGGUUUUUCCGAGGAGCAGAUACAAUCAUCUGAUGCUUUGCUUGAGAUUAGUCAGGGGCAAUGGGAAGGUUGCCUGCAAUCAGAAGUUUACACCACUGAAAUGCUUAAUUUGAUCGAGAGGACACAACCUGAUUUUUGUGCUCCUUCUGGAGAAUCACUUCGGCAGGUGGCAUUUCGGAUGAUUGAAUUUCUUAACAGGACAGUCCUGAGAUUAUCUGAGAAGCUAGCAGUGGCUGACAUAUCAAUCCAUCGAAAUGAGUCAAAGGAAUUAUCACGGAAUAGUUCGACUAAUUCAAUUCAAGAUGGGCCUCACUGGGAUCUGCUGUACAGGCUGAACCGGUCAUCUUUUCAGAGGAAGAAAUAUGGUAAGAGCAGGCUUCAAUAUGUGACUACUGGAGACAACGAGACGGAUGAAGAGUUCUCUCCCAGGGAAGUCGCUCAAGCAAACCUCCUUUCUGAUGUCAGUAAAAACAUGGUCUCUUCCAUUGGACUCUUCACUCAUGCAGUUCCAAUUAAAUGUCUUCUCACUGGCCUUCUGGAAUGCAGUCCUAUGAUGUCUCAGAAACUCACAAUCGAUGAUUCUUCUGCCACAGUUCUACACCAUUCUCUAAGAACGGGAUGGCAGAUAAAGAGGCUGAAUGACACAGCACAUCUCAGACUUCUCUAGACUGAGACAAAAGGAUAAUAAUAACAUGGCAAUUACAACUUCCUACCUUAAUAUGUUCAGAACAUGUUCCGAUCUUAUCUCUGGGGAUGAUUUACACUGAUGAUAUCCAAAGUCUGAAAAAUUUUCCAGUUGGGAUUAUGGAAACCGCAGAAGAUGAGGUGUUCAAAGUGCAAGGAAGAUAACAUCUUUGUCUUUGGUUUAUUCUGUAAUGUGCAUUAUUAGCUCCAGUUGCGACUGGUUAGAGCAUGGCCUCACCAUAUUUAUUAUUUUUUUUUUUUAAAGAAAAAGGAGCUCCAAUUGGCAUA